AUGGAUGUGUGGUCUGGUGAUGAAAAAUCUAUAACAGUUACGUUCGACCAACACUCCUGCUUCACAACAGAUACCAUUAUCAGACAGGCCCAGACAUUCUGGCUACAGUGGGUUGAGGCCGCCUUCCCUCAUCUCGACUCUCGCGCCUACUUCCUGCCUCCUGUCCACGUCAACCGCGUGCCCAUGGUCAAGCAGCUGACCCAUGCUAUGGAAGUUCUGGUCCUUCAGUCAGCUCUUAUAGAGGCCGGUCAGUCCAACCAGUCUGCAAAGACUACUUCCGCUGCAGAUACGUUAGUACCUCAGCCUCCUCGCGUGCAUGAAAGUGAUAUCAGAGAUGAUGCAGCUACGAAGCGUGUCAUUUAUUGUCUGGACAGACUGUGUGAACAGAACAAAGAAGUCAUGAUUCGAAUGACUCAGCUUUCGUUCGGCCAGUACCUGGGGGAACCUUGUUAUGCCGCUGCGGCUGCCCAGCUCCCCCGACCUGCCAACCUUCCUCCUGCUCACCCUCAGAAAUGGAAACAGGGCGACUUUGAUGUGCUUCUUAUUCACCGACAUUACGGCUUUGUUGUCUGUCAAGUAAAGGCGUUUGGUGACAACACACAGACUCUGAAGAUGUCACCUGACGAUAUAAACAUCAACAUUAGAAAAAAAUUGAAAGACGCAGUCUCUCAGCUGGACAAGGCCGAGGCCAUGUUAUCACACCUAGUAUCUGACAUCUCUCCUGGUCUGUGCAUCACUAAAACGAUGGCUUUCCCCAACCUUACCGCUCAUCAGGUCAAACAGGCCAUUUCCGGCGACACUCAGUUAACGCAGGACCUGUGCCGGUGUCUGGGAACAACAGAUCCCGCCGACAUCGCUAGACUGUGUCUGUGCUGUGAUCAGUUGUCUGACCCCAAGACCCCCUGGACGUCAGUAGUCACGUGCUGAGGGAACUCGGACACUGGUGGCAGCGACGUGUGGCUGGGGCUGGACCUGACAAUCAACUCACUAUUAUGUUGUACAAAAGUCUGGUAGCCAGAUUCUGUGGUCCGGCGACAUCAGUGACUGUGCCAUGUACAUGUCCUCCACGUGUGAGUGUCAAGACCCUGGGUCAGGCCGUGUGGUGGACAGGACAGUGCUACACUGCUGUCAUCACACUCUUCCCGGAACAAGUGGAGCUAUUAAACACUGCACCUCCCAGACUCUUUGUCACCGGACCGCCCGGUACAGGUAAAACUGUGGUGCUGCUGCUGAUGGCCAUACAGUGGCUGCUUGGUGGUCACCCCGUCUACGUUGUCAGUACGUGUUGGGGGAGUCGUGCAGCGAGCUUCAUGAUGUAUCGCCUGUUGCUGCAGACAGUAAACACACAAAUGUCAGCAGGUGUCUCACCCGGUCAGCCUUGCCUCCUGCAGUAUGACCUUGAUGAUGGUGAAGACGUGGAGAAGGCCGUCAACGACUUGUCACAGGCGGCGAGCGGAGGGUCGUUGUACGUCAUCGCUGAUGAAGCGGGUUCGGACGUAGGGUCGCAACACUUUAAGACUUUGUGUGACAAACUGCUGAUACAAGUUCCUCAUCUCCAUCUUUGGGCGGCAAGUUGUUUCCAUGGAUACGCACCUUCCGGCUGGCCAGUGGAAUAUUUAACCAGACCACUCCGCUCUCCACCGACCGUCGUCAGGGAAGUCGAGAAGGACAGGUUUAUCGCUGAACACCAUGAUGUACAGCCAUACAGUGAGAGAGGUGUGCCCGACCACACAGACGGCCCGCCAGUCAAACGACUGUAUCACCGAGGUCAGGGUCACUCAGGUGACAAGCCAGUUGACUGUGUGACGUGCGGUCGUGAGGUGGCCAGCUUCCUACACAGUCUAUGUUGGUGUUACGGGUAGGUGUGGGUAUUGUAUUGUGUAACAUCUGUUGACAGAUGAACAGUGAACAGUGUGAUAAAUAACAAACAGGUGAGACAGUCCUGUGAAGUAUAAAGUGUGUUAGUCUAUCUGUCAUGCUAUGUCAUCAUGUGAUAAAAUCACUGUUUUUAUUCACGUCCCUGUCUGUGUGUACCCUGUAUCACCAACAUGUGACUCACAAAUGAAACUAUCUUUGAAUGUUAACAGAGAAUGCCACAACAACCUUCACGUCCAGCGUAGGCACAACACAGCCCUGCCUGCAGUGGAGAGACGUGCUGGUGUUGUCCUAUGCCGUAAGUGAAAGCUCGGAUAUA